GUGUUUGUAUCCGAGUUAUGUACUUUCCCCUUUGUUUACAGUGUGUUGUAACAUGUCAGCAUAAAAUGUGAUCAGUAAAGAGCUGGGCUCCAAUGCAUUUGAGAAAAAAAAGACGAAUAUGCUUAUGCUUCUGUUUCUGCUACUGUGGGGUAGUGUGGGAGAGUCUUUUUCUGAAAACGGGGGACCCUACAAGAUCUGCAUCAAUGGUGACUGGACUGGAGAGUUGAGAUGCCUCAAGCCGUGCGUCGUGACAACGGAGACUAUGAGCGAGCACAACGUUACUCUCAGAUUUAGAAACCACAACAAGUUGUAUGCCGUCCACGAUGAGAGUAUCCAGUUCAGGUGUAGCGCAGGCACGACGCAGAGCGGCACGUCAGGGAUGCGUCGGAGGUGUAACGAUGGAGUACUUCACGUGCCCACUUGUAUGUGAAGCUUUCGAGCGCCGAUUGGGCAGCACCGUCAAAAAGUACCUUCAACGUGUGUAUUCGUCGAGUACAUGGGACGACAUUGGCGCGGAAAUAAUGAAUGUUGUCUGUCAGUUGCGGAGUAACUGGUAACAUUUUUGGUUGAGGAGAGAAAAAAAAAACACUUCCAGUAUAAUAAAAUAUGGUU